AUGCAAGAGCAAAAAAAGAUGAAAAACAACACUGAAUGGAAAGAUAAAUUCAUGUACCCAAUUCUUGGAAUAGGUACAAUUUUCACAAUUCUCUACCUCAAUUUCAAUGAUCAUCAGUUUAAUAUCGAUUUUCCCAUUGUUUUUUGGCAGAAAAAGAUGGAUUUUGUAGGGGUAAAUUCUACCCAUUUUGUCAUAAUCAAAGACCAUGAUUAUGAUAAUCAAAGGAUGUAUGUCAAUGGGUGGAAUUCAUACUGGUUGAUGGAGGAGAGUGUGUGGGGUCCAUCAAGAUCAAAGGUGUCCAAGAUGCUUAAGAGAGGUGCUCUUAUGGGGUUGAAUGUUUGCCGUACUUGGGCUUUCAGUGAUGGCCCUGGCCCUAAUUCUUUGCAGAUUUCACCUGGGCUUUUUAAUGAAAGAGUGCUUAAGGGAUUGGAUUAUGUGAUUGUGGAGGCGAGGAAGAAUGGGAUAAGAUUAAUUCUUAGUCUAGUAAACAAUUUGAACGCAUUUGGGGGAAAAGCGCAGUAUGUGAAGUGGGCACUUGAAGCCGGACUCAACGUCUCAUCAUCUGCUGAUUCCUUCUUUUCAGAUUCAACAAUUAAGGGUUAUUAUAAAGCUUAUGUUAAGGCUAUCGUAACGAGAAAGAACUCUUUAACCGGUGUCAGAUAUUAUGAGGAACCAGCCAUAUUUGCCUGGGAGCUUAUAAAUGAGCCGCGAUGUGAUUAUGACUGUUCUUCUUCCAUUCUUCAGGAUUGGAUUGUUGAGAUGGUUGCAUAUAUCAAGAGUUUGGACCAAAAACAUCUGGUUACUAUUGGUCUUGAAGGGUUUUAUGGACCUAGAGCUGCAGAAAGUUCUGGAGUAACAAAUCCAGGGGAAUGGGCUGCCUCACUUGGAACUGACUUUAUACAGAAUUCAGCUGUUGAUGGAAUCGACUUUGCUUCGGUUCAUGCAUACCCUGAUAGCUGGAUGCCACAUGCAAAUGCCACUACAAAAUUGGAUUUUGUUUUUCAAUGGUUGGAUUCUCAUAUUAGUUUUGGAGUGAAUAUCCUGAAGAAACCUGUUCUAUUUACUGAAGUUGGGUAUCCAUUACAUGUUAAAGGCGAAGGAGGUGGUUAUGGAGACACUUUGUUGAGAAUCGUCUAUGAUAGAAUAUAUGAGUCGGCUAAGAAAGGCGGGGCAGGAGCUGGAGCCUUGAUAUGGCAGUUGUUGGUUGAAGAAAUGGAGGAAUAUGGGGACAGAUUUUCUCUUGUAGCAUGGAAAUACCCUUCUACUUAUAAACUUAUUGUAGAACAAUCAUGUAGAUUAAAAAGUAUAUCUGGAAAUGAAAUUUUUUUUGCAAAACUCAACGGAGAAGAUCCUUGCUCUAGACUCAGGCCCUAG